AUGCACCGAAAUCUGGUGUCGGUGGCCUUCAAGCAGAAGGUUCUUCAGGUGUCCAACGCCAUCUCGCAGCAGCGACUGCAGGAGCAGGCGGCCGGCCCACAACACAUCUUGGCCCUGCUGUCGGGGCAGGCCAUACGGCCGUUCUUCGUCAUGGAAGUGAGCCGUGACAAGAUCGUGGAGGAUGUGGCGCGGGUCCUGAGGUCAGCGGAGGCGGCGGCACUCCACUUACCUCUCAAGGUCAAGUUCACCGGCGAAGACGGCCAAGAUGAAGGCGGCGUUCGCAGAGAGUUUUUCCAGGUCCUGAUCCGGAACCUUUUCGACGAGUCCUAUGGCAUGUUCACACACGACCCCGACUCGCAUGCGACGUGGUUCAGCUCGAACGCCCUGGAGACCGAGGACACCGAUGAGCUCUUCAAGGUCUGCGGCACCGUCAUCGGGCUUGCGGUGUACAACAACGAGCACGGCAUCGAGAUCCACUUCCCGCUGGCCAUGUUCAAGAAGCUCAAAGGUGAGGAAUUGGGCCUGGCCGAUCUUCAGGACAUCAAGCCGAAGGUUUGGAUGUCUCUGGAGCAGCUGCUGUCUUGGCAGCCCUCGACCGACAACCCCAACCAAGAAUUCGAGGACACCUUCUGCCUGACUUUCAGCGCGUGCUACGACUACUUCGGUGAGAAUCGCACGGUGGAUCUGAAGCCUGGCGGCUCCGAGAUCCCCGUGACCUUCGACACGCGCCGGGAGUAUGUCAGCCUUUACUGCCGAUGGCAGCUGGAGGGUGCCAACGAGCGGCAGUUUCAACUCCUGGCGCAAGGCUUUGAGAAGGUCGUGGAUUCGGCUCUCUGGUCGUUCCUGACAGCUGAGGAGGCCCACCUCAUGGUCUGCUCGGAGCCCACGCUAGUGGCCUCGGAGCUGCGGCGGCUGGCGCACUACGAAGGCUUUGAUGCGAACGAGCCUUACAUCCAGGACUUCUGGAAGAUCCUCGAGUCCUUCGACACGGCGCGGCUGAAAAAGCUCCCCGGUUAG